AGAGGCUAGGAGCACCCAGGCUAGGACCGGGCUGGAGAAUCCGAACUCAGGGUGUGGCAGGCAGGCUCAGCCUCGGGAGUUUCCCUCGGCGCUUCUUCUUUGCAUUCCGUCCGAGAGCCGCUGAGCUGCGUUUUUGGGCUUGGCCGUCGACAUCCGCUUAGUUCGCUCGCUUCUCGCCUGAUCAGCCCCCGCAGCCAUGGCGAAGCACACAAGAGGCACUGUAAAGGAUUUCCCAGGCUUUGAUGCUAGAGUGGAUGCUGAGACCUUGCGCAAGGCAAUGAAAGGCAUGGGGACUGAUGAAGAGCCGAUCAUGAAGAUCUUAACAAGCAGAAGCAAUGCGCAGCGCCAGGAAAUUGCAAUUGAAUUUAAAACCUUAUAUGGCAGGGAUCUGGUUGAUGACCUGAAAUCAGAACUGACAGGCAAACUUGAGACUCUGAUGGUCAGUUUGAUGAGGCCAGCACGGCUUUACGAUGCACAUGCAUUGAAGCAUGCCAUUAAGGGGGCAGGAACCAAUGAAAAAGUCCUGAAUGAAAUUCUCGCAUCCAGAACGCCUGCUGAAAUCCGGAAUAUAAAGCAAGUUUAUCAGGAAGAAUAUGAAGCUGACUUAGAAGAUCAUAUAACAUCAGACACAUCAGGUUAUUAUCAAAGGAUGUUGGUAGUCCUUCUUCAGGCUAAUAGAGAUUCUGAUGGCCCAAUUAAUGAGAGCUUAGUUGAGCAGGAUGCUCAGGAGCUGUUUAGAGCUGGUGAGCUGAAAUGGGGAACUGAUGAAGAGAAGUUCAUAACCAUCCUGGGAACGCGAAGUAUUUCUCACUUAAGAAAGGUCUUUGAUAAAUACAUGACCAUUGCUGGCUUUCAUGUUGAAGAAACUAUUGACCGUGAAACGUCUGGGGAACUGGAGAAGUUGCUUCUGGCAAUCGUGAAGUGUGUCCGAAGUGUUCCCGCAUAUUUUGCUGAAUCACUGAACUAUGCAAUGAAAGGAGCAGGUACUGAUGAUGAUACCCUGAUCAGAAUCCUGGUUACAAGAAGUGAAAUUGAUCUGUUGGACAUCAGGAAGGCUUUCAGAAGAGAUUUUGCAAAAUCUUUGUACCAUGCAAUUCAGAAAGAUACAUCUGGGGACUACAGGAAAGCCCUUUUGCUGCUCUGUGGUGGUGAAGAUGACUAAGGCCUACCGUGAAGAGAAGGACACAACCUUAAUGUCCUGCCUUUUGGCUCCUUCCCUCUGUACAGCUAAACUAUAUACUUGCAUUUAUAGCUGCAGCUUCCUUUGCGUCCCCACUGCCAUCCUUAUUGUCAAAUUCAGAGUGUAUGUUGUUAAUAAAGCGAUUCAGCACCCCCUGCUGAAAUCCAUGUUGAAUUACAACAGGGUUGUAAUUUUGUCUCCCCUCAGAGAACUGACUUUAUCCCCCCCCUUCAUUGGUAUUAUUUGCAGUUCUGUUUUUAUAUAAUUUACAGUCUGCUCUUUAAAAAUCAAGUUAGCCAGUUGUAAGUUUAUAUGAAUAGCCUUAAUCCAAAGAACUUUUUAAAAGUGCCUGAUAAAUGUACCCUCUUUUUUCAUAUAAGAUGAAGAAGCUAGGAAUAUGAUUUCUUUAUCUGCAGAAGUAAAACACAUUCCAAAAACUAAAACCAAGCCCUCAGUAACUUGAGCCGUAGUUUGAAAUUUUAUAGUUAAUUCGAAGAGAGCUUCUGCUAAUGGCUUUACAGUUGUGAGAUACACAUGACCCCUGUCUUGAUAUUUUGUAUUUGGUGCUAUUAAAAGGAGCUAACAAAACCAGUAACUGAGUUGUCUUUUGAAACAAAAAGUACCAAUAAUGUACAAAGAAAAUAAUGAGCAUUAUAAAGACCUAUAAUUUAUUACACAAUUAUUCAAAUUGUCUCAUAUUUUGCAUGAAUUCUUACUGUUACGACUUCAGCUCCAACCAAUGGAAGUCUUACUGAUUCUCUGCCCUCCACUCUCGGCUGGCAUGAUUUUAGUGAACAUUGUCCUUAAACUUCUGAGCACUGCAUCACACAAGGUAGAAAUUAAAAAAUUAAGGAUGUUUAGCGUUGAAUUCUUACCACAUUUGGCUUUCUGGUACUUUCACACAAUUGUAUCUAAUACCCAGUCUGAGUUAUAUAGAGGCUGGCAUAGCGUUGGUUAGUUAGUGGCUAAGAAUUGGACUGUUGUGAAUUAUGACACUUCCCUGACAUGGGUGUGCUUCUGAGGUGCAAGUGCAGAGUUGCCCGAAACCACAAAUUUUAAGCACAUCUUGGGCAUUGAAUUACUUGGUGGAGCAUUCUGAUUUCUUAAGAUGUGGCGCCAUGCUGUGAUUUGUCCAGGUGUAGACUAAAUACUGCAACACUCAUAUCUAUGAGCAUGUUGGUCUUGCAGCAAACACUUUUGCCAAAGGGAGUCCUUUGAAAGGGUCACAGAUGGGGAUUUUACCCUUCAAAUCCAGAUGCAGCAGCUGUCAGGUACUGGAAAUUGGCCUGGUAAAAUGAUGCUUAAACUUGCAGUUCUUUGUUAAACAAUAUAUUUUAGGCAUUUUGUAAACUUUUAAACCUAUGAAAUAGGUUGAGUUAAAGAAUUUGCUACAAUAUUAACAUUUCUUGUAUGUUUUGUUUUUUCAAAUAAUUAAAAAUGCUUUUAUAAGUUAUUUUAAGCCUAGUGUGAGUUAUAUCUGGUUUGUAUAUAUUCAAAUGGCCGUUGAGUGCAGUUUUGAGCAGCUGUAUAUAAACCCAUCAUCAAGUUGCUUGGAUAUGAACAUCUGUUUGCAGGAGCUUUUUGCACUCCAUCUCACGUACACUGAGUAGAUUUGCAAGGCCGUUGAAGAAAGAAAUUGAAUGCCCCCAAAUUUAAUCCAGCUAUUACAUAGCACAACAAUGGGUAGAAUGGUGGAGGGCUAGAUCUAGGAUGAAUUUAGUUGCAGAGUUCUAAACGCUUCUCAGCUACAGUGGGCAUGAGCUUACAGCAUCAGGAACUUGUACGGUUAGAUUUAUGUUUAUGACAAAUGACCAGGUGGUCCUUACAGAAAGGGAAGGGGAAAAAACUGCUUAAAGAAUCUUAGGGAUGAAUGAAAUCUGAGUGAGGGGGGCAGUGAGACAAUGGGAAGGCUUCAACUGCUCCUCCGCUCAAAAUGGCAGUGUUUGGAAUGCUGUAUUUUCUUUUUUUAAAAUACUAUUUGCUUUGACUUCUAGUUUUGGGUUCUUCUUUUAUUGGCUUCUAUUUUGAUGACAUGCCCAAACCCCAUUCCAAAGCUUCUCUCAGGGCCUUGUAUAUUUUGUCUAUCAGGGACCUAGACAACUGCUACAGAAAGCCAGUUUGUCCACCUGAAAAAUUUUUUAGGCCAGGCCUUUUCCUUUCCUGACAUGUUUCUUUGAAAUUAUGCCAAGGAUCCAUAAGCUGCAAGCCAAUAAAGUUAUGAUGUUUUUAAUUCCUUCAA